CCAGGAACUACGCCCACCAAGUCUUUCCUCAUUUUUCUACAACGCGGAGGUUCAUCUUGACUUGAGACCCAAGAAAAUCCUGACGAGGGUUAAAUCCGACUGCCAAUUGUACAUUCUCAUAACCCACAGUUUUGGUUUUGUCUUUCAUUCAUUCCUUACUUUAUAAGUAACGCCACCCGAGAUCAGACACUCGUAAUUAAUCUUUUCACUGGAAGCAAACGGAGUGCUGGAAUUUUGGGGAUCUUGAGGGUUUUCUUAAGAUUCCGUGGCAUUGUUUGAUCGAGGAUGGUGAUGGUGAAAGCUGAGAUUGAGAGCAAGGGCCCUAGAAAGCGAUGGAGCUGGGCGGUGGUGGGAGCUCUCAUGGCCAUUUUGGUUGCUGUGGCUAUGUCGUCGAGAAUCUCUCCGAGCUUAUCGCUCUUUGGAAGAACUAGCACGCCUUGUCGCUGUGCUAAGUAUAGUGGGAUUGUGGAGGACUGUUGUUGUGAUUAUGAGACGGUGGACCGGCUUAAUGAGGAAGUGCUACAUCCAUCGCUGCAAGAACUUGUUAGAACCGCUUUCUUUCGAUAUUUUAAGGUUAAGUUGUGGUGUGACUGCCCAUUCUGGCCUGAUGAUGGUAUGUGCCGUCUGCGGGAUUGCAGUGUUUGUGAAUGCCCAGACAGCGAGUUUCCUGAAGCAUUUAAGCCCCAUUAUGGCCUCUCACAAGAUGAUCCAAUCUGUCAAGAGGGAAAGCCACAGGCCACUGUGGACCGUACAAUAGAUAGUAAAGCUUUCAGAGGCUGGGUGGAAACAGACAAUCCCUGGACAACUGAUGAUGAAACUGACAAUACUGAGAUGACAUAUGUCAACCUUCAACUUAAUCCAGAACGAUACACUGGCUACAUUGGUCCAUCUGCUAGAAGGAUAUGGGAUGCUGUCUACAGUGAGAACUGCCCCAAAUAUCCAUCUGAAGAGUCAUGCCAAGAGGAGAAGAUUUUUUACAAACUGAUAUCUGGUCUUCACUCCUCAAUUUCAAUCCAUAUAGCUGCUGAUUAUCUACUUGAUGAAGCUAGAAACUUGUGGGGUCAAAAUGUCUCAUUGAUGUAUGAUCGAGUCCUACAAUACCCAGAUCGUGUUGGAAACUUGUACUUCACAUUUCUAUUUGUUCUCCGAGCUGUGACAAAGGCAGCAGAUUAUUUGGAGCAUGCUGAGUACGAUACUGGUAACCUGACGGAGGACCUCAAGACACAGUCAUCGAUGAGACAGCUACUUUUCAAUCCUAAACUACAAGCUGCAUGCCCUAUCCCAUUUGACGAAGCUAAGUUGUGGAAGGGCCAGCAUGGACCUGAUCUAAAGCAGAAAAUCCAACAGCAAUUCAGAAACAUAAGUGCAAUGAUGGACUGUGUAGGAUGUGAAAAGUGUCGUCUGUGGGGAAAGCUUCAGGUGCUUGGUCUUGGUACUGCAAUGAAAAUCCUCUUCUCUGUUGAUGGUCCGGAACAGUUGGAUCAGACUCUGCAGUUGCAACGGAAUGAAGUGAUUGCCCUGAUGAACCUACUAAAUCGUCUGUCAGAGUCUGUAAAAUGUGUCCGUGAAAUGGGGCCUUCUGUUGAAAAAAUCAUGGAAGGUCAGAUCUCUUCCCCCAAUGCCCCAAACAGCCUGUGGCAAAGGAUCUGGGCAUCCAUAGUUGAAACUAAGGUGAAGUAAGAAAUCACCGAACUCAGUUCAAACAGGUAUACAUUACUUCCAAGAGAUAGAUUGUUAGGAAAGUGCAGCGUGGGCUUCAGAGAGAAUGGUCCAUGUAAAGGAUAGAAUAGGUGUGUAUAAGAAUUAUGUUCAGACAUGCCAAAGGUGGUAAAUUUGUAUUUUUUGGGAAUUGGAAAUUUUGAAAGUCA